AUGUACGAAAGGAACUUCAACGGAUCUGACCUAAAAGACUGUGACUUGGUUGAUGUUGUAUUUGUACUACCUGGGUCUGAUGACGUCACUUUGCCACAUUUCCAGAUUUUAAAAAGAUUAGUUAUGCUUCUCCUCAGAGGCAUGUCAAUAGAUGAAUCUGAAACGAGGCUGAGUGUGGUGACGUACGGUUCAAAAGUUGGAACAGUGAUCCCUCUCUCAGGAAACCGUUUGUUGAUGGGGAGAUCUGUAAUGAAUCUACAGAAAAUAGGUGGAUCGAGCAAACCUUUGACUGGGCUAGAAAAAGCACAGAGUCUUCUGGCAAACAACAAAAGAUAUGCCGUACCACAGGUCGCUAUUCUACUUUAUAAAAACGUGACCAAGAAAAUGCAGAAAGAAAUUCGUGAGGUGGCUGAUGACAUGAGAGAGCAGAAUAUCAGGAUUAUUUCGAUCGGGAUCGGAUCUGAUAAUUUUGCUGAUUUAGCUUGGACAAAGGAACAGGCUUACAGAUUUGAAACCAUUGAAGCGUUAUCCAAUGCUAUCAGACAAAUUCCCAACUACAUUUGCGAAGCAAUUUUAGCAACAAAGCCAACACGAAAACCUCCUCUACCAAAAUCCGCCAAUGAAAGAACGAAAACACAGGAAGAACAAGAAUCAUCUGAAAAUGACGAAGACUCAAAUAUUUGCGAAGAAGCAACAUGGGUGCAUGAUGUUGGCUAUGCCCCAGUGAAGGGCGAUAUAGGAAGGUUUGCAAUGUGUUACAAAGGACUGGGUUUAAGUAUGAAGGUGUCGUACAAAACCUGUCCUUUUGGCCAGUAUUGGAGCUCAUCUGAUGUUACUUGUAUUCAGUUUUCACGGUUGAAUCUACCUAAUGAUCCCUGCAGAAAUAAAACUCGAUCAUCUUACACCUAUUUUGGAAUGGGAUGUAGCGCUUACUGGUAUUGUGACGAUGGAAAAUCUGUCCCCAAAUGUUGUCCAUCUAAAAUGUCAUAUCGGGAGGAUGCUUGGUGUGUCUUGGACCCCUCAUGUACAUCUAAAUGUCCUUCCUCCGAAAUUGGAGGGAAAGGGACAAAAACUUCAUGCGAUUUAAAAGCAAUACCAGGUGUUCCAAACAAGUUCCAACAGAAAACCCUUGAAGGGAUUUGGAAGGAAUUCAAAUGUGCUGAAGGGACAGUGUUUAGUGAAGACGACUGUGGAUGCGCCAGAUUUAGUGUUUCUCAAUACAGAGCACGACAGAGAAAAGACUCCGAAUCAUGUAGUCCUGAAUUGUACCUGCCAUUUUGUGAUGGGAUUAAAGAUUUUUCUGGAAAAGAAACUUACGUUGGGAGCCAUGGUCAGGUCUGGGUGCAUGAUGGGAAGGCAUAUUUUGAUGGGAACUCCUCUCUUUUCAUACCACGUUUUGCUGGCUUGGAUUAUGGAUUUACGGUGGUCAUAAAGCUCAAAUAUUUAGCUGAUGAGGAGGAUGAAGGAAAGGAUAGAGAGGCUGAUUCAAAUCACGAUGAUGAUGAUGAUAAUGGUGAUGACAAAAAUGCGUAUGCCCUAAUUUCAAAUGGAAAUUGUUAUGGAAGUAGCUGUGAGCAACCGUCCAUUUCUAUCACUUCUACGGGAUCUUUUACUUCUUUCAGUGUUAACAGAUAUAAUGAAAACCCAACUAUAGUCUCAAGAAGGAAAAGAGCCGUAGAUGAAAGUAACAAUGUAGAUUCUUUUGAUGAUGAUGUUGAAAACAAUUUGGAUUUGAAGGUCGAAACAUCAGAGGUCGAGGAUAACGUUAACUCCUUAGAUACAGAUGACAUAAUUCAACGAGAGUUAAAUGCAGAUCGGAAUGAAACUGCUGCAACAACUAAGAAAGGUUCAUAUGAAGUAAAAUUACCAGACAGUUUGUUACAUAUGGAUGUUGGAUUUAAAAUAAAUCAAAAUGAUACUGAAAUUUCUGACCUUUUAAAGAAAAUCACUCUUUAUGAUAUAAUUCUUGGCUCACCUGAUGAUAUUAUAGAUAUUGAAAUUCCAACAACAAAUGUUCCAUUAAAGAUCGAUGACACCAAAAACAAUGAAAAUGAAAAUACGAUGAACAUUGAUGAAAACGAAUUAAAUGGAAAAAUUAGCGUGACCAACACCACGUACGUAAAUGUUGCAAAUACGAUCGAAAAUACUGAUUCAAAUUUAGACCUACUGAAUGAAAAGGACGUAGAUAAUUCUAAUUACGAUCUUAUUUUUACCAAUGGAGAAUCUAAUGGAAUAACAAGAAUCAUUAAUGAUAUUAAAGGAGUCGUUUUAAACAAUAAUGCACAAAUUAAUCAAAAUGACAAUACUGUAGAUGGAAGCAUAAUCAUUGCACAAGAAUCUGAAAACACAUUCUUAAUCAAUGGACAAGAAGAAGACGAUAUGUCGUCAAACGCUUCUCUACAACCAGACGACAAAACUUCAAAUCAAGCAGAUGCAUCAUCAAAUAAUGCCCCUGAAACAGACGAUAUACCUAUAGUUAUAACCCUUGGACCAGGUGAAAUUUCUUCUAAUAAUGCCCUCGAACAAUAUGAAACAACUGCAAACAAGGUUUCUGAUUCAGAUGUUAUAUUAUCGAAUAAUUCUUUACAACCAGAUGAUGUUUUACUAGAUAAUACUCUUGUAAUAGAAGACACAUCAUCAGAAAAUGCUUUGGAAAAAGACUUGAUAUCAAAGAAACUUGUACAACCUGAUAAUAUCCUUUUAAAUAAUUCUCUGGGUCAAGAUGAUGUAUUAUCAACUGAACUUCAAGAAACAGAUGACAAAUCAUCAAUAACUUCCCCUGAAGCCGACGAUGUACUCUCAAAUAAUGUUGAUAUUCCAAAAGACAUUCUUACAAAGGCAUCCACAUUCAAAACUAGAGUAGUUAAUAUUGAACCUGAUGAAGACAAUAUUGGAGAUGAAGUUGAAUCGAGAGAAAGCCUAAAAACUGAAGAAAUUAGUGAGAAAGAUACAGAAAUAAAUGAAAGCACUGAGGUUCAUUAUGAAGUCGUGAAUGAAGAUACUGGUCUUAUUGCUGAGAUAAACAACUUAACACAUGUCAAAACUAUAGAGGGCGACAACCUUAACGGUACUAAGGAGGUGCUAUCGGUCACACGAGAGGAUGACAACGUAGACGAUAUUAAGGAGGUACCACCGGUCACAAAUAGAGAGGAUGACAACGUAGACGAUACUAAGGAGGUACCACCGGUCAUAACUAGAGAGGAUGACAACGUAGACGAUACUAAGGAGGUACCAUCAGUCACAAGUAGAGAGGAUGACAACGCAGACGAUACUAAGGAGGUACCAUCGGUCACAAAUAGAGAGGGUGACAACGUAGACGAUACUAAGGAGGUACCACCUGUCACAACUAGAGAGGAUGGCAACGUAGACGAUACUAAGGAGGUACCAUCGGUCACAAAUAGAGAAAGUGACAACGUAGACGAUACUGAGGAGGUACCACCGGUCACUAUUAGAGAGAAUGCCAACGUAGACGAUACUAAGGAUGUAUUAUCGGUCACAAAUAGAGAGGGUGACAACGUAGACGAUACUGAGGAGGUACCAUCGGUCACAAGUAGAGAGGGUGACAACGUUGACGAUACUAAGGAGGUACCAUCGAUCACAAAUAGAGAGGGUGACAACGUAGACGAUGCUAAGGAGGUACCACUGGUCACAAAUAGAGAGGGUGACAACGUAGACGAUACUAAGGAUGUACCAUCGGUCACAAAUAGAGAGGGUGACAACGUAGACGAUACUAAGGAGGUACCACCAGUUGACAAGCAAUUUCCAGACAUAUCGACUGAUAAGAAGCAAGGAAACAGCAACGAAGUCAGCGAAAGUUUAAGUAAUGUAUCCAAGACAGUUGAUAACAUUGAAACUGAAGAUAUUUUGAGUGUGAAAGGUAGUAAUUUACCAAAAGGAAUAAUUUCUGGUGAUUUUGUAACGCAUUCUCUCACAAAUGAGAAAAGUCCAGGUGCAAAGAGUACGGAGACAGAUGACUUAAGAAAAAGCAAUGACAGGGAAGAUAAAAGAAAGAAAAAUGGAAGUGUGAAUAAUAAAAAGAAAGAGAAGAUAAGAAAAUGGAAAACCAUCUCUUUGAAAAUAAAAGACGGCAUCAUGCAAGUGACAAGUGAUGGAAUAAAAAAGGAUAAAGUAUAUUUAAAAGGAGCAUUUGGACUAACUACAGGUAGUGGACUCCACAUAGGUAGCGGUACCGGUUUCCGGAACUUUAAAGGUUAUAUGGACGAGAUUUAUGUAUACUUGUGUGACCCUGACAACAAUAAGCUAGAAGAAAGACAAGGCCUUCAUGCUGAUGUGCCGAAAACGACGAAGUUGUCAGCAAAUUGUGAUUAUAUUAAUCCGAAGGCCUAUGACUGGUUAAAUAACAGAAAAUGAAAGUUUACUAGUAUUUCGUUGCAAAUGUUUAACUUAUAAUUUAUUACAUAUAAUACUCUUUUUUAUAUAUCUAUGCGAGU